AUGGACGAGGUGGUGGUGAGGCUCAUGGGGCUGAUCCUGCUGGCAGUUGUCAGAACUGUCAACACCAGAACAAAGAAAGGGCAUACUACGAUGUAUUUCAUGAACAAUACUACUCCUGAGACUCCAUGA